AUGAGCAUAAACAAAGGCACUAAACGCCAUGAAUCGGACGUCAUGAAACUCAUGAUGAGUGACUAUGAAGUACAUCUGACAGACGAGACCAAGAUAUCUGACCUUGAUGUCAAGUUUCAUGGCCCUGAAGAUACUCCAUACGAAGGAGGGUCGUGGAAGAUUCAUGUGACGUUACCCAAGGAUUAUCCGUUUAAAUCGCCAUCGAUUGGCUUUUCAAACCGCAUUUAUCACCCCAAUGUGGAUGAAACGUCAGGAUCUGUAUGUCUGGAUGUGAUUAAUCAAACUUGGAGUCCAAUGUUUGAGUUGGUCAACAUUUUCGACAUGUUUAUUCCUCAACUGCUUCGGUACCCGAAUCCAAGUGACCCACUGAAUGGUGAAGCUGCUUCGCUGCUGAUGAAGGACGUCAACUCAUACAAUAGAAAAGUGAAAGAGUAUGUGCGCAGCUACGCUUCACAGCCUAUUGAGAUGGGCAAUGAGGAAGAAGACAGCGAUGUCAGUGAUAUGAGCGACAUCGAGUAG